GGAGCCGCCCCGCCAUUACAAGAUGGCGCCGGUUUCCUGCUUCCUGGUUCUUCUUGCCUGAUUCGGCUUCAUCCAUACGCAUGCGCUCACGACAUGCUAAUUGAGACUGAAUAUAGUCUCCAAUCAGAGAUACCCAGCCCCUAGGGUGAUCUGCAGAGAUCCAAUAGCAGACGGACACCGCCCUGGGAGAGCUAUAUAAGCAGCGCGUCCCCAGAGCUAGGGGUCCUUCUCCAUCUGUACUCGAGAGCUUCAAGUAAAGUUGCGCUGGACAAAUCCUCGUUGUGUUGCGUCAUCCUUAUUCGGCAAAGGCUGCGCGCGACAAAUGGUGUCGAAACCCGGGACAGGCCGAACCUGGGCAGAGAAGCCACACGAAGGGCCCCGACUGCUCGUCGGUGAAGGAUUCAAGCCAGCGCGGAGAACUCCGGAGACCUUUCAGCAAGGUAUGUUCCCUGUGAUCUACGUAGUCCCGUUUCUCUUUGUUAGUUUCGUUUUCGUCUUAUGUUGUUGUCUGUUCUGUAAUUGUGGGAAACGGGGUAAGGUUUGUACUUCUCCCAGUAAAACUCUCGUAGAAGCGGCGCAGGCGCUGCUUAAGCAGAAGGACCUCAGGGUCCCUGACCGGGUGCUGCGGAACUUCCUGAAAGAGGUGGAUCGUGUGGCUCCUUGGUUCAUGGUUUCAGGCUCCUUGACCGAAGGUUCUUGGAACAAACUGGGCAAAGACUUAGCGAGGGAACGAGAGGCAGGCACGCUACGUGCGGGUGCAUGGCCGAUUUACAAACUACUCAAGUCAUGCAUCGGGGAUGAAAAGUGCAGAGAGAAGAUCAAGGAAGGGCAGAAAGUACUCAUAGAUCAUCAGGAUAGUUUAUCAGAAGCUGAAAGGGGUGAAGGGACAGAAGGAGACAAGUCCCAAAUACAGAAACCAAAAAGGAAAGAUAAAAGUAAAAGCCAGAAUGCCUUAUCAUUACCCCCAAGAUGUGCACAGAAACCUAGACCACCCUCCCGGGAGGGAGCGAUAGGGGGGACAGGAAUCUAUCCACUCCUUGAUGAAUUCAAGCAUUUCACCCUUGACUCCUCUUCAGAUGAGGAGGAGGAGGAAGAGGGGAAGAGAGAGUCCCAUGAGGACUCCGAUGAAUCCUCUGAGUCACAAGAGGAAAUUCAGACCCGGAAGGGGGCCGGUAAAGGCCCCACGCCGCCCUAUUCCUUGGGGUGGAGCCCUGGUCAUGGGGUGCCAUCGGCACCUCCGUAUGCGGAAGUCUUCGGGCCCACGCCCGGAGGGGGAAAGACGACUUUUCUGUCAGCCAGGGAGCGUAGGAAACUAAAUGAUGCCUACCCUCAAGCAUUCCCUGUGUGGCAAGAUGCCAACAAUCAGCGAGGCCAUUCACCUCUGGAUUUAAAAAAGUUGAAAACUUUAGUGGAGGCUGUACAGACUUACGGGGUGAGCGCCUCGUUCACUACAGCUCUAAUAGAAAGACUGGCCACUGAUGCCAUGACCCCUGAGGACUGGUACAGCACAAUAAAAGCUUGCCUCACGGCAGGACAGUAUCUAGACUGGAAGUCCAUAUAUCAAGACUUAUGUAUGACACAGGCAAAGCGGAACGCCAAUAAUCAGCGACCGCAUUGGACUUAUGACAUGCUCACGGGGCAGGGCCAAUUUGUUAAUAAUCAGAAUGGGUACCCUGUCGAAGUCUAUCAGCAGAUCAAUGACGCUGCGGUGAAGGCCUGGAAAAGCCUCCCCAACAAGGGCCAGGUUGCUGGGAAUCUUACUAAGAUUAUACAGGGGCCUACGGAGCCUUUCUCUGACUUUGUCGCGAGAAUGAUGCAGGCUGCAGGUCGGAUUUUUGAUGAUGCAGAGGGAGCCAUGCCGCUUAUAGAACAACUUAUUUUUGAGAAUAGCACAAGAGAAUGUAGAGCUGCUAUCACCCCAUGGAAAGGAAAGGGUAUCACUGCAUGGAUGAAGGCAUGCAGAGAAAUAGGCGGGCCAUUGUCCAAUCAGGGUCUUGCAGCUGCGGUCCUUGCGGCGCAGCACGCUGCAGAACUUAAAUGUUAUAGAUGUGGCAGGAAGGGACAUAUGAAAAAGGACUGUCGAGGGCCAGCAAUGCCCUUCUCGGGCCGGCCAGGGAAGACUCCAGGACUCUGUCCUAGAUGCAGAAAGGGAAGACAUUGGGCGAGGGAAUGCAGGUCGGUAAAAGAUAUCCAGGGGAAGCCCCUUCAAGAGCAAGCUGCUGCACAGCCAAAAAACGGGAACAGGGGCCCUCGACCCCAGGGCCCGGGACAAAUCUAUGGGGCGUUGAAAGGGGCGAGUCUCUCCCAGUCACAAAGGUCUGUGAAGACACCUCGGUCCGGAGGGCGACCAAUGGAUCCGCAGGACUGGACCUGCGUGCCACCACCAGAACAGUAUUAACUCCCGUCAUGGGAUG